AAUGUAUUUUCUAUAAAUGCAGGAUGUCCAACUACAAUGAAGACCUAUCACAAAUGAAUGUGUCUGUAGAGGAAAAGGACAAAUUAGUAGGAGAAGUAAUUCGAUAUGUCUUAUUCAAGAGUCAUCAAACCUCUGGUUGUCCUAUAAAGAGGGAGGAACUGACUCAAAUAAUAACUAAGAACUAUUCUCAGCGAUCCCUCCCAGCUCUGGUGAUAAAUGAGGCCAGAGAAAAGUUCUCUCAUAUUUUCGGGUAUGAGAUGAAAGAGCUCCUGCGCUCUCGACCUACCUCAAACAAGCAGGGCCGCAUGUCUCAGCAGAGUGGUGCAGAAUUAAAAUCAUAUGUUCUUGUGAGCCAGCUACCAUCUAAUAUUUUUAGCAAGUAUGUUGAGAACAAAGAGACAUCACAUGUAUCUGGUUUCACCUUUGUUGUGAUUGGCAUUGUGCAUCUGGCUGGUGGUAAAAUCUCUGAAGAAAAUCUCUGGCAUCAGUUAAAGCGAAUGGGAGUAAAUGACAGUGAUGAAGACCAUCCGUUCUUUGGAAGCACUAAGCAAACAUUGGAGGUACUUGUGCAGCAAAGAUAUUUACAGAAGGAGAAAGUUAGUGGCCCAGAUGGCAAUAGUGUGAUGUUUGAGCUUGCUGAACGAGCAUUAGAUGAGUCCAUCAGCAAUAAGUUGAAGGAUUACAUAGCUCAGAUUGUGAACAAGGACACUGCUGCACAAGCCGAUUGAUGUUUACCAUGGACAAAGGGACAGAGCCUAUCACUUGGCAUUGGCGACUGCAAAACAUUCUGAAAUCUAACCCAGAUACGAUCCAAUCAGUACCAUUUAAAGUUAACUUUAGUUGUAUGUAUAUGAUACGGUAACUCUUGCCUCCUUUUUGUUAUUCCAGAUAGUUUUAUUUGAUGGCUGAAAAGAGUAGAUCGUGAAACUUAACCGUAGAGUUUUCUGCGGAAAUUGACUUGGUUAUGAUGUCUAUUAUUCUGAUAAUAUCA